UUGAACAAACUCUUUCUUUUGAAAACGAGGAAAAAUAACUCAGAAGUGCAUCUCAAAUAUCUGACUGGGAUUUUUUCAAGCCUGCUAUUGUGUAUUUCAAAGCAUUUGAACUGGAAACAAGGUGUUCUUUCUGGAUGAACCCAUUCUUUGGAAAACGGAGGAAAAUGGAAAUAAAAUAUGAAACAUCUGAAUUGAUUUUAAUGAGGACUGCUCUAAUGUACUUUUGAGGAUUUGAACUGAAAACAAGGUGUCUCUGCUGGAUGAACCCAUUCUUUGGAAAACAGGGAGGAAAAAUGGAAAUAAGAUAUGAAGCAUCUGAAUGGAUUUUUGUGAGGCCUGCUCUAAUGUAUUUUUGAGGAUUUGAACUGAAAACAAGGUGUCUCUGCUGGAUGAACCCAUUCUUUGGAAAACAGGGAGGAAAAAUGGAAAUAAGAUAUGAAACAUCUGAAUGGAUUUUUGUGAUGCCUGCUGUAAUGUAAUUUUGAGGAUUUGAACUAAAAACAAGGAUCAUCUCUCUCUAUCUUCCUCCCUCUCUCUGUGGACUUCGUCUGACAAGCCCUUGCAUUUUGACCAUGAGAAGUGCACUUUCUCUGAAUCAUACAGAUGAACAACAAAACUAUCCUGGAAACUAUUCAGCAUGCAGUGGCAACUAUGAAAACGUUCUCAAUAAAGCUGAUCGGUUUCACAACCAAUUCUACAGUAUAGUAUUCUUAUCCUCACUCGAUUCAACUUUGCAGGUCAUUUUUACCUUUAUCUUCUUUAUAUGCAUUAUAGGGAUGAUGGGGAAUGGAAGUGUGAUUUGGCUGCUUGGGUUCUACAUUAAGAGAAAUAACUUCACCACCUAUGUCUUGAACUUAGCCAUUGCUGAUUUCCUUAUGGUUAUUAGCACAUCGGGUUUAGUUUUUCUUAAGUUCAUUACUUUAUUAAAAGUGGCAGAUGUCCAAACAAUGCAGUGGUUUUUCUGGCAAUUCAUUAUCAUCACAUAUUCUGUGGAUCUAUAUCUCCUGACAGCUAUUGGUGUGGAAAGGUGUCUUUCCAUUCUCUUUCCCAUCUGGGUCCGUUGUCACCGGCCAAAGCAUCUUUCCACCAUUGUAUCAGUCCUGUUCUGGAUCUUGUCUGUCCUGUUUGCUAUAACUGAAAUCUUGAUUCAUUAUUUUUGUUUACUAGACACCUGGGUUACAUUUUUCAGGAUCAUUUUCAGUGUAAAUCUCUUUUUCUUUACACCAGUCAUGGUGGUCUCUACUCUGAUCCUAUUUAUCAAGAUGUCCUUUCAACAUCAGCCAGGAAAGCUUCACACCAUUAUACUGAUAAUUCUCCUCUCCUUCACUAUCACUGCUGUUCCAUUUGGAAUUUUUUUCUUCUUGGCUAUCAUAGAUUAUAAUUUUCACAUUAUUGCCCUUCCAAUUUAUGCCCUGUUAGUCAUUCUAAACAGCAGCAUGAACCCAAUUAUUUACUUUUUCGUUGGGAAUCAAUGCACCUGUCGAUCCUGGGAAUCAAUGAAAGUUGUAUUCCAAAGGGUUUUCAAAGAUUAAAAAGAUCAUGCAGAAAUCAAUUGAAUGUUAAAACACAGUGAUGAAGACAGGAUACUGAAAUUUAAAAUCAUAUAAUCCUGAAAUCUAUGUGUUUGAAUAGUGAGUUUUAUUGAAAUCCUAAAAUGUGAUUUUAUAGCAGUAAGUGGUAAUGUUUAUAUUUUAAUUGUUUUAAAUCUUGUUUAGAUUUUUAACUGAAUGUUUAUUUACUGUUG